ACGAAGGAGUCUAUUAUUGUUCACAAAAUGAGAUACAUAUUUUGGAAAACAUUGUCCUGGAAAUGUCUUGUCUGUUUUAAAUAAGCAGCCUAAAGCUCAGUGUUCAGCUCGUUUCCCCAUCAGAUGCCUGCUAUCUACGGUCAUUUCGCUGUUCGGGACCACAUUUCUUCAUUACUAUGCCAUCACUGACUUUGAUCAAACUGAUGUGAUCCUCUUAUGGUGCGGGUAGCUCAGUUUCCUUGGAUUGGGGCUGGUUGCAUCACCAGCGAGAAAGCUUCCCUUCUCUAUAAAUAGAAUGACGUCAGGGAACUGGGCUUGUAAAUACCAGAGGCUCACACUCACUGUAUAUAAAGCCAGUGAUGCAACCCCGAGCGGUGUUCCGCAAGUUUUCGAAAAGCUGGAGCGAGUCGACUGCCGGACACAGAGAGCCCGCCGCCGCUUCUUCUGCAGCUGAGAGCAGCCUCCGUUCCGGGGCAGGGCGUUAGAGGAACAAGAGCAACAGACGGCAUCACCCUCUGCAAGCUCCCCUCCAAGCCACAUCCAUCCUGCCCUGGAAUUAUGUUGUCCCUCCUUCACUGUUGCCAAGACGCCAUGUUGGAAUUCCAUUUCUAGCAUCACUGUGGAUGUACCUGCACAACAAGGCCUGCAGAACCUGAAGGAGAAGGCUAACCAACACCACCUUAAAGCCAGUACCAUGAUGCUUCAACACAUAGGACAAUCAUCUGCAUCAGAUGUCAGUACAGCAGCAGUAGUUCCAUGUAUUUCGCCUUCAAUGUCUUUGGUAUUUGAUGAGUUUACAAACAUUACCCCUUUGGUCAAAGAAGAGCUGCGAUUUGCUAUUCAAAGCAAACGGAUAUCAAAUGGAGCCUCAAGUAUGGAUUAUUUAACAGCAACUGAGAGUUUAAAUGAAGCAGUAGAAAGAAAGGUGACGCCACAGGAAGAUGAACGAAGAAGGCGGAGAAGGGAAAGAAAUAAAAUAGCAGCAGCUAAAUGUCGAAACAAGAAGAAGGAAAGGACAGACAUAUUACAAAAAGAGUCAGAAAAACUGGAAUCUCUGAAUGCAGAAUUAAAAGCACAAAUAGAAGAAUUGAAAAACGAGAAACAGCAGCUGAUUUAUAUGCUGAACCUGCAUAGGCCUACAUGUAUAGUCCGGGCUCAGAAUGGGAGGACUCCAGAAGACGAGAAAAAUCUUUUCAUCCAACAGAUCAAAGAAGGAACACUACAGAAUUAAGUCAUAAAGGAAAUGAAUCAUGGAUCCACAGAGUCCGUCUCCUUGGAGGCACCAAGAACAGAAGUAGCUCCAUGUUAGUAUGUUACUAACUUGUUAGGGAAAGACUGUUCAUUUGUCAGAAGAGUUUGCACUUUCAGCAUAAUGGAUAUCUUCUGUUUCACCUUUGACUGUCAUACCUGGAAAAGUGCUGCAUUACAAUUGCAUGCAAACAGGAGAAAAUGUAUACUUACUCUCUGCCUUGACAUUGGGCUGCACACAAUUAUUUUUUAUUAUUGACGCAGGCGUCGUGCCUUUUAUUGUCUUUAAUUGCUCUUGAUGACCUGUUGAUGUACCAGCAUGCCAGCCGUGUUUAUGGUAUAGUUACUUUGGGUCAGUGUGACACAAUUACACCUUGGAAGCUUUUAUUCAGCUCUGUAGCAUUUAUGCCAGUUGUCUAGGAUGUUAUUGCAAGCGUGUUACAUGAGUUUCAGAAGGGAAAGCAAAGUUACCCCAAAAUCUAAGCAUGUAUAUUCAAGUACUCAAGAGAUUUUAUUGGAGUGCUCUAACUUUUUUCUACACUGUGAUAGUUGAAGUGUGCAUUUGAUACAUUUAGUAAUAAAAACGUUGUCAUAA